AAUGGACAGUGUACUAACUACUAAUGUGUGGGAGGAGGUCGACCAGAGUAUGUCUCGUAAGAAGCGAGAUCCUGAUCAGGACUUGGCGCUAAACAGGAUGAAUACACUUAAAAAACAUACAGCUAUGAUACUUCAUCGUGUUAGUGUUGUAAAUAAUGGACAGACAACCAACUUGUCUAUGGCAGAGAGAUCAAUUGAUAGGGCACAAAGAGCCAGCGAUCGUCAUGUUUCCAGGAUGAAGGGACAGUUAAAACAAGAGCUUUUGGAUAUGGAAGCCUCCCGUCGAACAUUCGGACAACAUUCUCUAUACGUAGGACGGCUGGAGAAAGAAGACGAAAAGAGAAUGCUUCAGAAAUUUGGACAAAGAGGAAAAUAUCAAUAUUCAAUUCGAUCAGAGAUGAAGAAAGCAAAAAAAGUAAUGGAUUCGUACAACGUACGUGAAGAAAAGGCGAAGAGAUUGUUGAAACCUGCUCGGCGAGCGAGUUUAGUUGCUUUAAACAAUGCAGCAAUGUCACUUGGAAGUGAACCGCCUAAUGGGAACAAAGAACUAGAAAUGAAAAAUAGUAGCUUGUUACCAUUAAACGACAGUGACAUAAAUAAUGAAAAUGAAGACUCGAGUAUGACUGCUAGUAGAGUUGAUGAUACGGAGUUGGAAAGUGUCGUACAACAUUUGUCUCCGGACUCGGUACUCAAGUCGAAACAAAAACCCGAUUCUCAGAAACUGUCGGACAUUAUAGACGAGCUACAGACAUUUCCUAUACUUGAUUGCAAUCAUGGAGAUGAUAGUAAUUCCAAGGCAAACUCGCGAGAGGUAAAGCAGCUUAAUAUUAGUGUGGCACUGCCACCAAUAAAGGUUCAACGAGCUUUAGUUCAAGCCCAAAACCAAGGAUCAUAGUCCGACAUGGUUUAAAAUACAAUCGGUAAACGUUAAGAUUACAAUAUGAGCCACGGACUGUUUCAUAUAUAAUUAUAUAUACAUAAGUGAUGUGUUGUAUGUCCUAGGUAUCGUUAGAACUAGACUGCGUCAUAAAUAUCAAAACAGGGGUUGACAGUAUUUAAAUAUUUUAUUUUCCUGAGGAUUGCAUCAGCGUAACUUGUUUACAUUGCACUGAACUAAGUAGAAUACAAUAAAAUAUAGUUAUCCCUUCGUGGUAAA